CAGCCCUUGCCCCAACAGACGGACGGACGCUGGGGGACCAGCCUGCCCACGGGACACAGGUCACCCACCCAGAGACGUGUCAGCCACUGGCCAGCCCUUCUCCUGGGAGCCGUCUGGGCAGCCACCACAGCACGGUCCCCAAAGGCCAUCCCUGACCUUCCUGCCUGCCUGCCCAGAGCCACGCUCCGCUGAAGAUAUGAGUGCAGGGCCCAAGCUCCCCCACUGCCUGCUUGGCUGCCUGCUCCUCAUGGCUUUCACGGCAGGUGCCCUCGCCAGCCGCCCCAGCCGUGCCCCACCGGGGAGGGGGGCAACCACCUGCCCCCAGAAGUGGCUCUACUACCGGGGGUACUGCUACGGGUACUUCACCGAGAGGAAGACCUGGGUUGAGGCCGAGGAUGAGUGCAGCCGGUACGGCCCCAUGGGGCGGCUGGCCUCCAUCCACAGCCAGGGAGCCAGCAAGGUCCUCGCCGAAUACAUCGCCCGCCAGAGCAACAGGGACACCACCUGGAUCGGGCUGCGGGACGAUGAGCAUACCAGGCAGUGGAAGUGGUCGGAUAACUCUGCCUUCGACUACCAGCGCUGGGACCGGGGGCAGCCCAACAACCUUUGGGACAAGGAGGACUGCGUGGUGCUGGAAAAGCUGGCGGGUUUCGAGUUCUGGCACGACUACCCCUGCAACUACAAGUUCCCCUUCCUGUGCAGUCACCAGCUCUGAGGGGUGGCUGGUCCCGCUGGCGUCUGGGGGUGCCCCCACACCCCCCUCCCUGCCGCCCCCGCGCCCCUCCCUGCCCGCUGCCCCACUGGGGACCUCCUGGCCCUGCCAGGCUCCCACCCCACCGGGCUCCCCGCACGCCCGGCAGGCAAUAAACCUUGG